AUGAGCGAGGCGCUAGAGCAGCGCAUGACAGCGAUGCGUGCGCGACUCUCCCACCUGUCUACCGCUGUGGACAAGAAGGACGAGGAGCGUUCGCAGGGACGCUGCACGGCACACCGCUACUACCGCGAUGCGCCACCCUCCUCAUCCAUGACCGGCGCACCAACGACCCCCUAUCUUUCAACCCCACAGGCCGCAUUGAAGGAACGUGAUGUCAACAUACCCGUCAGGCUUUCAGCGAAAGACGUGGCACCAAGUAAACAAAAUUUGCACGCAGAUGCAUCUUCUCCCAACGUCUUUGCCCCGACAACAGCAGAGAGGGCAGCAGGAUCGCCGCAGAUAAGAGGCGUCGAUGCGAUGCUGCAGCUUGCUCGUCAGUACGCCUCGGCGCCAAGUGGGACACGUCAUCGCGACACUUCCUCUACCUUCUCCGCACACUCCCAGGCUUCCGCCCCGGUGGCGGCCGGAGACGCACUUUUCUCACCUGCCGCCUCUCAACCUGACUUUGCUGGGCUUCGCACGUACGAAUUUCAAGAGAGGUUUCCCCUUCCCCGACGCACCACCGCGACAGCCACGGACACCACGGGAGUAGCGGUUGAAGAGACGAGCAGCGGCCAAAGAACGCCCCGCGACGCGCAAAACGGUCAUCGAUACGUUGAGGGCAACGUACCGGCGAGGACAAGCGCAGACGCGUCUUUUACGUCCGUUUCGUCCUCCGCACUCAACACCGCGGCGACGUCCGAGGUGCACUUCGAUGCCUUUCGGGUGGUACAGGAGCGCUUACGACAGAAGAUGCGCCAGCUCACCAACGCCCCGCCCACAACGUUGCGUACUACUGCGGAACCGACUUCCAAAGCAUCUGGACUGACGACAAACGAUAGUCUUGGCGACUCCGCUCACCCGCACACAGAAAAUUCCUAUCAGGAGGGGGACAGCAGCCCUCCGCCUCGGCCGCCGCCAGGGCCACGCGCCGCAACCGCGACGCCGCUGCGGUCACCAGAAAAGCGAGGGGACACCACGCUGGAGCCGCCGUCCUCGGCUCGCUCUCCGCAUUCGUACCGGCACGAGCGUCCCAUCACGCACAUCCGCACACCCAUCGAAGUGGAACUAUCGGGUGCGCAGUCAUCAAAGACACAUGCAGGUGUGCGGCUCCGGCAGACCUUGUACGACCCUGUGUCCAGCGGCGACGAAUCGGAGAGGUCUCUGCACCCUCGAGAGUACACGUACGAUGAGCACGUGCCGUCGCCUGCUUCUUCGCGUUCUGUGGCAUCUGCUGCACGUUUUCCCAAACCCAUUGAGCAUCGUGGCGUCGAAGUGGCACUCACGGAGCGCAGUAUGAAGCCGUUGAUCUCUACCUCUCCAGGCGCCUUCAGCGAUCCCACUAGCGCCACACGUCAGCAGAAACCUUCAGGCGAGGCCCCACUUGUGGCGAAUCCUCGCAUUGGACGCGACGGACCAAGAGGGCUUCCGAGAAGUCUGCGUACGGUAUCGCGUUCGCCGAGUGGCCCCACAACACACAAGCGAAAGCCUUUGACGGGCUCGAGGUCUGAGCAACCGGAUGGUGUUUAUCGCAUCUUACGUCGGUCAGCUUCCACAGCUCCGUCUCCUUCCCAUCCCCGUGAGCGCAGCAGCACUGGCUCCCAGCCACUUCGUCCCUCUGCGUCUGAGCCACGGACGAAGCCGAUCUCGCUGAAUGUCGAGGCCACCGUCCUUGCCUCGGUCACCGGUGCAGAGCUCUUUGCGCUGCUGCGCAUGCGCCGGCUCAUCGACUCGGAGGGUGACACGGAGGAGUACCGCCUGCCUCCUACGCGCUGCCAUCGUCUGUACGUGACCGCCGACGAGCACCGCCAACUGCAGCUGCUUCGUCAAUCAAUUCAUGCGAUGGAGGACGAGCAGAAGGAGAUGCCGUCGUAUCAGCGUCCAACGGUGGCCGCCCGCUCCCGCAACGCCGAAUUCGCUCUACCCCCACCUGUGACCCACUUUAUGGGUCGUUGA